GUGGAUCUGCGUGGCAAUCACACAGGUGCACGGAUCAUUGAAUGUUUGGUCGGUGCCUUAGGCUCACGUCGCCGUAGCGCACAUCCCACGUCAACGGAAUGGACAGAGCCGAGCCAAUUACAGCCGCAACGUCCGAGGGCUCCUCUCGUGGUCCUUCGAUCCCGCGGCUUCCUGUGGAGGUCUGUGGACGGAUCAUCGACCAUGUCGCGAUGGGAAUGAAUCUCCGCGAUUAUUUUGUGGAGGACGAGCCACAUCUCGCCGCUCUCAGCUCCUACGCACUCGUAUGCCGAGACUGGUAUUACCUCACAUGGUACCACCUGCGUCAACGCAUCCAUUUGCGAGACCGAGAGGACGUCCUCUCGCUCUCCAAGACACUCCCCACAAAACCUCGCCUCCGUAAGGUCAUUCAACACGUCGUCAUAUCGGGUGCUUCUCCCGGGUGGCGUCGACGUCGACCGAUCCGGCACCUGGGGACGUUUGUCGCUAUGCUCGCGGGCAAGGCACCAAUGUUGUCGAGGAUCAGCAUUGAAGAUGCUCAGUGGACCAUCGACUCGGUCCGAAUGGAGGACAUCCACUUCAUAACUACGUUCAGCUCCAUGAACACUCUGACACUCCGCAAUGUCACUUUGUCCAGCAUCACCCAGCUAUCCCGCCUCGUGUCAGCACUCCCCAGGCUUAGGGAGUUAUGGUGCUCCAGGGUCAAUUGUUUGCGGGAACAGCAACUCUCACUGGCCUCUCUCCCACUGAACUGUGCAAAUCUGUACGCUCUCAGUGUGUCAUUGGUUUCACCAGCAGUCGAAGAUCUUCUCGUGUGCAUCAGCCGGGCUUCUCAAGUGCGCAGUCUACAUUUUGGAGUGAACGGCGAGUUGGCUCCACCCGGGGCAGCCAGCCGAAGUCAGGCUUUGCUGGUUGCAAGUUCCACGUCCGCGGAAAGGGUUGUGCUCGACUGGGAUAUUGAUCGCGUUCUAUUUUCGAGAUGGUACUGUUGACACCACAAGCGGCAUUGCAACCUUUCACACCACGACCACCUGUGGGAGUUGUCAAUCCAGCUGUACCACCCGUUUUCAGAAUGGCCCUGGAUCCCGUAU